UAGAUUUUGAAUAUUUCGUGUAUUGAACGUUCCUAACAAAAUUAAUUAAUUUUAAGUGAUAUUAACAUUAUUAAAAGCGUGAAUUGCCUGAAAAUUAUUCUUUAAACCACAAACUAUUGAUUGAGAUUAAAAUAUUUAUAAAAAGACUAAAGAUAAGAUGUCUGAAAACUCGAUGGCUCAAAGUCGUAUGGCUGCAUACAAGAAUAAUGCCAAAAACUCUCAAGAAAUGAGACAACGUCGUCAAGAGGUUUCGAUCGAGUUACGGAAGAAACAGAAAGAAGAUCAAUUACUGAAACGCCGCAACAUUGAAAUCAAUGAACCACCAUCGCCAUUACAGGAAUCAAAUGCUCAGUCACCGGAAGCAAUUCCGAUGACUAUGGAUGACAUUAUUACUCAUAUUCAAAGUAAUAUUCCAACAAAUCAAUUUAGAGCUGUUCAGACUGUCCGUAAGAUGCUCAGUCGUGAGAAAAACCCACCAAUUGACGUUGUCAUAAACACUGGAUUAGUUCCAGUUCUGAUCAAGUUUUUGGAUGAUUUUGAAAACUAUCAGAUCCAAUUUGAAGCUGCAUGGGCAUUAACAAAUAUCGCCUCUGGUACAUCAGAACAAACUAAUAUGGUCGUCAAUCAAGGCGCAGUUCCAAAAUUUGUUGCUUUAUUGACAUCAAAAUAUGCUAAUGUAGCUGAACAAGCAGUUUGGGCACUGGGAAAUAUCGCAGGUGAUGGAGCUGCUGCACGUGAUAUCGUCCUUAAACAUGGAGUUGUUGAUCAUUUACUGGUACUAGUACAUCAUCCAAAAAUAGAAAUAUCAUUCCUUCGUAAUGUCGUUUGGCUAAUGUCGAAUUUGUGUCGCAACAAAAAUCCAGCACCAGCUUUUGAUAAAAUACAGCAAUUACUUCCAGCACUAUCGAAUCUAUUGAUGCAUGAGGAUCAAGCAAUACUUUCAGAUGUUUGCUGGGCAUUAUCAUAUGUAACUGACGAUACACCUGAUAAAGUACAAGCUGUUGUAAAUGCUGGAUGUGUUCCUCGUUUAGUAUUCUUGCUUCGCGUCGAUGAACCAAGCAUUGUUACGCCAGCACUUCGAUCAAUUGGAAAUAUUGUAACAGGCGAUGAUUCACAAACUGAUGCGGUAUUGGAAGCUAAAGUAUUGCCAGCGAUUGCUAAUUUAUUGACAAAUAAGAAGCAAAAUAUUGUAAAGGAAGCAGCAUGGACGCUCAGUAACAUCACAGCUGGCAAUCAUCGACAAAUUCAAAUGACAUUAGAAAGUGAUGUUUUUGUUCCUUUAAUGAAUGUUCUAGAGUAUGGAGAUUUUAGAGCACAACGUGAAGCUGCUUGGGCCAUAACAAAUUUAACAAGUGGCGGUACAAAUGAUCAAAUUAUACAAUUGGUCAAUAAAUAUCAGUGUGUGAAGCCCUACACUGAAUUAUUGACAUCAAAAGACGCUCGAAUCAUUCAAGUCAUAUUGACUGGAUUAACUGCUCUGUUUCGUGUUGCCGAUCAAAUGGGUGGACUCGAUAGCUUCUGUACAUUGUUGGAGGAAAUUGGAGCUGUUGAUAAGUUGGAAGGAUUACAGCAACAUGAAAAUCAAGAUAUUUAUGAGAAGGCGUACUCGAUUAUUGAUACAUACUUUAGUGACGAUAAUCAAGAGGAAGCUGGUUUAGCUCCAAGAACUGUUGGUAAUGAAUUAGAAUUUAAUACUGAUAAUGGAAGUGACAGAAGUCAAUUUAAAUUCUAAUUCAUUAUCAUUUUUUGAUUCUGAUUUAAUUCUUUGUAUGAGAUUAAAACUUUCUUUGUUUUCAAUAAAAUGUUUCAAAUAAUUCCCAUUUCUAUCAAGAAAUUACUAUGCUUUGAAUAAAGUGCUUUUAAGGAUAA